GAUCAGCCGCACAUUACAGGAGCGACUCGCUCAUUUCCGUUCAAGGCGGUGGGCGGCGCGCGCGCCGUCCGUCUCCUUAAUGCGAUAUACGUGAAGAGCGCGCGAGUCCGCAACAACCGUCCAGCCAACCAACCAACCGGGCGGCGCGCGCGAGCCCGCUCUCCUCAAACCAACCCAGCAGAACCAAGCCGAGCUGAGCCAGUCUGUGUCGAGUCCGUCCCACUGACAAGAGGACGGGCUCAACGAUGACCUCUUAGCGCAUCCGAUACGCUUCUUUUCUUUUUCUUUUUCUUUUUUUAUUUAAACAAACGAAAAACAAUUUAGUUUUUUCCUCUCCCGGCUUUUUUUUUUACGUUGAGCUCAUCGACACCAUGGACUCUACGGCUCUGAGAACCGCUGUGUGCAUCUGCCAGCUGCUUCUGAUCAGCCACAUAGUUCUGGCGGUGGAGCCGCCGGCCCAAGGCCUGGAGAAACUCCCAGAAGAAAUGAACUGGUCCUACUCAGGUAGCCUGAACCAGCAGAACUGGGGGAAGAGUUACCCAUCCUGUAACGGCGCCCGGCAGUCUCCUGUGGACAUCGACGAGAUGUUUACCCAGGUCCGGAUGCAGUUCCAGAACCUGCAGCUGGAGGGCUGGCACAUACCCACAUCGGAGUCCACCACCAUCCAAAACAAUGGGAAGACUGUGGUCAUCAACCUGGGAGGGGACUUCUUCGUAAGUGGAGGAGGGCUGAGUUCCAGGUUUCGUGUAUCCAGACUCAGCUUCCACUGGGGGCGCUGCAAUGCAACAUCAGAUGGGUCUGAACACAGCCUGAACGGGAUAAAAUACCCUCUGGAGAUGCAGAUUUACUGUUACAAUCCCAACGAAUUUCAAAGUUUAGACGACGUGAUGGAGAAUGGAGGAAGGGUGGCCGCCUUGGCCGUUCUCUUUGAGGUGAGCCAGGAGGACAAUGGAAACUUCAGUCCUAUAGUGGAAGCAGUCAGUGGUGUGAGCAGAUAUGGUAAGAGUGGAUCGGUGGACGCCAUCACCUUGAGCUCCCUCCUGCCCAACGUCACCGACAAGUACUACAUCUACAACGGCUCGCUGACCACUCCUCCCUGCUCUGAAUCUGUAGAGUGGAUCGUCUUUAAACACACGGCGGCCAUAUCAGAAGCACAGCUGGAGGUGUUUUGCGAGGUGAUGACCAUGGAGCAGGCCGGGUAUGUGAUGCUCACGGAUUACCUGCAGAACAACUUCAGGGAGCAGCAGCAGCAGUUUAUGGGCCAGGUGUUUGCUUCCUACACCGGAGUGGAGGACGUACCCACACCCACAUGCAGCUCGGAGCCGCAGAACGUCCAGGCUGAUGCUCAGAACGACACCACCAUCGUGGUGACGUGGGAGCGCCCCCGCGCCGUGUUCGACACCACCAUCGACUGGUACACCGUCACCUACCAGAGGCUUCAGGGCAGGGAUCAGAACAAACAAGAGUACAGGACCGACGGAGACCAAGAUGUGGGUGCCAUUAUCUCCAGCCUGCUAGCUAAUAGCAGCUACGUGGUUCAGGUGGUGGCUAUUUGCACCAAUGGGCUCAAAGGACGAUGGAGUGAUCAGAUUAUAGUCGACAUGCCGUUAGAAGACCCCGAAAGUGAUUCCAGCCCCGACAUGGCGACAAAGGAAGCAGACAGCCACAGGGAGGGAUCAACUAUAACUGGACCGAAGAGACCAGACAACCAGAAUCACCUGGAUGUGGCUUCAGAAGACCACAGUCCAGUGGAGGAGGUCCCUGCUGACCAGACAAGAGUCUACCAGAACCAACCUACCCAACAUCAGGAAAAGGCCACAGAUCAAACCCAAAUAAACCAACAUAUGCCGGUCCAGACCGGCAGACAAUUAACGCCAAAGACGGCAUCUGAAUCCAUCAACCCACAAGAAGCUGUACCGGACGAGAACAUGGAAGAGAAAGCAAGCUCAAACAGGUUGACCCCUCAUGGAAGCAACCAGAACUGGAUCGAGGACGAUCAGCUGAUUCCAGCGAGCUCACCUUUCACAAGUCCAAGUUUUGACAGCACCAGUGCGAUUUGGGUUAACCGGAUAACUGAGGAGCCAGGCCUUUUGUUUCCAGUUGCUCGGACAACGGUGCCACCUGCAAUUCGCCGACAAAUCACAGAAGAGGCGUCGUUGUCAAUCCUGUCACCUCAGCCAUUGGAUCCUGAUCUACCAGAACAGGCUAAUGAAAAUCCCCCCACUAAGUCUGAGCUGUUCACCCCCCCAGUGGAGGACAUCAAGGUCACAGAUGUCUUCUAUGAAGACACAGUCACCGGCUCUCCACUAGGGGUCAUCACCUACCUUCCAACAGAAUCUCCUUCUGUGGUUCCAGGUAACGAAGUGCACGAAGACUCGACGAUGAACCCCGAAGAGAGUGGCGCCGCCGUAAGCGAACCUCUGCGAACAUCCUUUACCUCAGAUUCAGCCAGCCCUACCUCAGAGUGGAUAACAGAAAACACGGCAACAGGGGGCAACACUCUGUCCGACUCCUUCUAUAAAUCCUUCACCACCUCCUCUUUGCUCAGAGGGCUGAUGCACACCACUCAGUCCCUGUUCAAUGAGGGCAGCAACAGCAGCCAUGAGUCUCGAGUGGGGCUGGUUGAAGGCGUGGAGAAGGACAAGAGGACAGUCGUUCCUCUGGCUGUCGUUUCCACUCUCACCACUCUUUGUCUGCUGGUGCUAGUGGGUAUACUCAUCUACUGGAGAAACUGUUUCCAGGCAGCCAAUUUCUACCCGGAUGACCCCGCGUCGCCUAAAGUCCUGUCUGUCCCCUCCACGCCCCUGCUGCUUUCCACAGAUUGCCACGAGCCGCUGACGGUGAAGCAGUUUGUGAAGCAUGUCCUGGAGCUCCACAGCACCAAUACCUUCUCCAGGGAGUUUGAGAUUGUGAAAGAGUCGUAUGAGGAGGUGCAGGCGUGCACAGUCGACAUGGGCAUCACCGCCGACAACUCAAAUCACCCCGACAACAAAAACAAGAACCGCUACAUUAACAUCCUGGCCUACGACCACAGCAGAGUGAAGCUCUCCAACAGUUUGGACAGAGAUGGGAAUUGUGGGGACUACAUCAACGCUAACUUUGUCGACGGUUACGAGCGAACGAGGGCCUACAUCGCGGCUCAGGGGCCGCUGAAAGCCAGUCGGGAGGACUUCUGGAGGAUGAUCUGGCAGCAGAACGUUGGAGUCAUUGUCAUGAUCACCAAUCUGAAGGAGAAAGGACGCACAAAAUGUGACCAGUACUGGCCGGAAGAGAACCAGGAGGAGUACGGCGCUUACCAGGUGGCUCUGAGAAGCACCAAGACUCUAGCGUACUACACACUCCGGACAUUCACAGUCAGAGAUACAGCUAAUAAGGUGCCACAGAAGAAAGUGGAGCACACGGUCCUGCAUUACCACUACACCCAGUGGCCGGACAUGGGCGUCCCAGAGUACACUCUGCCUCUGCUGUCCUUCAUCAGGGCGUCGUCUCGGGCCCGGACGCAGGAAAUGGGACCCGUCCUGGUUCACUGCAGCGCGGGCGUUGGAAGAACAGGAACCUACAUAGUGAUAGACAGCAUGCUGCAGCAGAUCCAGGAUCAGGGAACGGUAAACGUACUGGGCUUCCUAAAACACGUCCGGACACAGAGGAACUUCCUGGUUCAGACGGAGGAGCAGUACGUGUUCAUCCAUGACGCUCUGGUGGAGGCCAUCCUGAGUCGGGACACGUCAGUCACCUCUGACCUUCUCCACAAUUACGUCUCUGAGCUCCUGAUCCCAAGUGCCACAGGAAGAACGCGCAUGGAUAAACAGUUCAAGCUGAUAAGUCAGCGUCAGGCAAAGCACGCAGACUACAGCACUGCCCUGAAGGAUGGCAAUGCUGAGAGGAACAGAGCAAGAGCCCUGAUGCCUGUGGAGAGAUCAAGAGUCUCUCUGGCAGCUUCAGAAUCCAACUCCUCUGGCUACAUCAAUGCCUCCUAUGUGACUGGACACCACUGCUGUAAAGAUUUCAUCGUGAGUCAGACUCCUCUGAGCAGCACUGUGGAGGAUUUCUGGAGAAUGAUCUGGGAGCACAACUCACACACAGUCAUCUGUCUGCCGGACACACACAAUCAGAAUGAAAAGAGGGACUGCUGUGUCUACUGGCCUAGUAAAGACCUGCCACUAAGAUUUGAUGGAUUCACCGUGUCUCACACGGGGGAGGAGCUUGUACAUCUGACCAAUGAUGAGAGAGUUUUUGUGCAGGAUUUUACAAUGCAGUCUCCUCAGAACAAUUGCAUCUUACACGUACGUCAGUACAGCACCCCCUGCUGGCCUAACCCAGACAGUCCCAUCAGAAACAGCUUCGACCUCAUCAGCAUCGUCAGAGAGCGCAGCAGACACUCACAGAAACCCGUAGUCGUUCACGAUCCGUUGGGAGGAGCUACAUCAGGGCUGUUCUGUGCCCUCAGCACCCUGUUCAGCCAGCUGGAGGAGGAGGGAGCCGUGGACGUCUACAUGGUGGCCCGGAUGACCAACCUCAUGAGACCUGGCGUUUUCAAUGACAUUGAGCAGUACCAGUAUCUGUACCGAGCCAUGCUGAGCCUGGUGAGCAGCCAGGAGGACCAGCGAGCCCUGCAGAGUCCGGAGACGAACGGGUCGGUACCGCUGGGCCAGUCCAACGCCACAGAGAGCCUGGAGUCGCUCAUGUAGCCCCGCCCACACUCCCAUGUGCUGGGAUGGGAUGGAUGGCUGGGCCAAUCAUGGCUGUGGAAAGUGAGCAUCAUAAUGCUUUAAUGUCCACUUGGUCAAAUCUAACAGUUUAUUAUAAUACUCUUCAGCUGUCGUUCAAAAACAGUAACAGCUCAUCACAGGGAGAUGGAAAUCCAGCAACAUCUAAAAAGCCGUUUGCUAUUUAAAAUGCUCAUUUAUUAAACAUUUUUUAUUUUUACAUAUUUCAUAAUCUGAAAACGGAGCACAGCAGUUCAUCAUGUCAUGAUGCACCAAUGGAAAGUGAUGAUUUUACUGAUUUUGUUGUCGACCUUAACCCUAAAGUUUCUUUUAAUAAUCAUGGAUAAUAAAUUAAUAGGUUGAAAUGUUUAUGUUUUGGUUUUGCUUAUGCCUUGAAAGCAACAGAAAAAAAAAGUCACCCCAUGUGGCAGAUAAAAUACUGCAGUUAAUCCAAAAGUUCUGAUCGUAGCAUUGACAUGUUUCGAAGACACAACGCAGGUCAAAGGUCACGACACAGUUGUAAUGUUGAGUGGCAACCAGCCAAAACUUGAACCAACAGUUUCAGUCAAACUUGAAUUAACAGAGGCCUAAUACACACAUUUUAAAAAAACUAUCAUGAAAAGAUCUGCAGUGACAUCAUGUUGUGUUAAACUUUGUUUUUCUCACCGGAUUCUCUCUGGGUGUAUUUGAUCCGGACUUUGUCGGAGUGAGAUAUGAAAGUAUUGAAAAGGAAGCCAUGCUGUUUGAAUUCUCUAAAUGUUGAGGCUGCCGUCGCUGUUUUUUAUGCUGCUGAGUGUUUAGCAGCAUCUAAACAGGACGGUUUCUUUUUAAAUGGUGAUUCGCCGUCGUUUGAUAAAGAGGCCGGUCACAGAUUGGUAACCAAAAACAGCUUCACUACCUGUUCUAUCUAAACUGAUGCUGGUUAUAAUUUUAAGAAAUGAGACGACGAGAAACGACCUCAAAACUUUUUCCACCUUUUAAUUUGACGUCUGCCAAUCAAAUGUUGAUUUGGCAACACAAAUGGUUUCUGUCAAACAUCAUUCUAUGCUCUUGCUUGGUCCAAAACAUUUUUUUUUUCUUUCUGUGAAGUCAUUCUUUUGUUAUACAGAUUUUUUGUUUUGUUUUCUGAAGUGAUACAGAAAUUUGGAUUGAAGACUGUCAGAAAUGCAAAACUUUUCAAAAUUUCAGUUUUUUCAUAUUUGACUGAAUGCUGGAUUAAAUCAAAACGUGCUUCUGCCCCCCGCUGUGCUUAAGGAUUUAAAUAUACUUACACAACUAGGUAACCAAACUUAUGUCCAAAUGUGGGUUUUUUCUAAUCUUUGAAAAAACAAAGAAGAUAUUUUAGUCAUUUAAAAAGUUUUGGAAAUUCCUCAAACCGUGUGGUUGUUCAAGUGAUUCAACUUUACAUGGAGAAUGUUAUUCUAGACAUUUUUGUCACUUUCUCAGAAAAAGUUCAACUUGUUCAGUUUCUUCAGUUUUGUUGAUUUUGAGUUAGAGAAGCACAAAGCCUUUCAUGGCGUGCCCUUCGGUUUUUCCUUCAUGUUAUAUUAAAGGUGGAAAAGGUUUUGAAAUGAUUCGACUGGGCAAAUUUAUCUAUUUUGUUUUCAUCAAAAAAAAAAACUCACACAAAAAGACUUUUCUAUCUGCUGUUGUGCAUUUAACCGAACAAGAGAGAUUAGAGAAAUGUGAAGAUUUAUAUACUUGAAACCAGAAGUUUACAUACACUGAACCAUAACUUUAUUUCCUUUGACAUCUGACAGAAAUGGGCCAGACUAAUGCAAACGACCAAACAGUUCAGAGGCAAUGCUGCCAAAUGAUGAAGAAAUGUGUGUAUGCUUGCAAUUUAAAACAAAUAAAAUCUGGCAUAUUUUACUAUUUUCGUGGCAUUUAGCAACUUCUGGUUCCAAGUGUAUCCUGUAAAUCUUUCCAUUCCCUGUUACUUUUCUUUUGCAAAUCAGUUUUUCUCCGUCGGGUUUUUAGCAGACUGACGCUGUAGAAAUGAGACGAGCAGAAAUCACGACACGGCAGAUACGACAUCAGCUGCACUUUGUUUUUUGCUUACUUUGUCUCCUUGCCAGUGCCUUUUGUAAAUCACAUUACUGUACAUUAAACCUCUUUUGGUUCGUUUCAACACGUACUCCGCUGUGACUCGGCCUGCUGAGCACUUCAAGAGAAAUCCAAGCAGCACAAGUAGCGGCGAGAACCUGAGACCGAUUUAAAAAAAAAUAAAACAUUUCUCUUCGACUUUAAGCAAAACAAAAACAAAAAAACCCAAAUUGAACAAAGUAACUAAGUAUUCCAGCAGGUCCCGCGGAAACCUGCUACGACUGUUGCGCUUUUGUAAAGAUGCAGGAACGUCGCUGACUUUCUGAACUGACUGUGAUCCUGAUUCGUCUCACCUUCUGCAUGUAAAUACCCCUUUCAAGGCCAAAUUACUGUAUGUUUAUACUGUACCUUUAUAUAGUUUUCUAUUUUACUACACAAGCUGAUUUUUCUAGCUGUUUCCAUUGUGGAUUCUAUUUGAUGAACUUAGCCUGGAAAUGUUGAUUAUGACUACAGUUUUAAUUGAACGUUCUGGAGAAUGUUUUUAUCCCUCUUGAUUAUUGUAGCAGCUUUGUGUCUUUCACCUUUGACCUCCAGCUAAAAAAAAACAAACUGGGGAAGUGUUUAUGUCAAACCAUAAAAUUAAAAGAUUUGUUUCAAAA